UGAAAAAUCCCACGUUACCUCGUCGUUACCUUUUGCGUCUAAUCCUGACCUACCUUCGCGCGAUUCCGCGUAGAAGCACCGCGAAUUCUAUCAAAUGGAAUACGGUGUGCAUGGCUACGGCCCUGACUGAGUUAAAAGAAGGCAUUCUACCGUGAUAAAUUCACCAUUACGGCGAGUGGGGCGGCAUACAGUCGGAGAAAGUGGCGUUAGUUGAUAUAUACCCAGGCAACGCGGGCCAUCGCACGCAUUUUCAAUAUCGCUCUCGCUAAUUUCAAUCGGUGGAGAUAAAUCACGUCCUCCUGACACCGGCCAGCGACAGGAUGACGUUGUUGAUCGGAUUGUUCCUGAUUGCCAGCUGGACCGGAGCUGCCUUUUCCGAACUACCACCUGGUGUGCAGUCUUGUCCACGAGCGCUCGACCUGCCGCAAUACGACAGAUGCGUGGUGCAGCAAUUGAACGCUAUAACGCCGUACCUGGCCAAGGGAAUCCCGUCUUUGAAGUUGCCAGCCUUAGAUCCUCUAUUCCUACCAUCGUUAACGGUAGAUAGAAACCUGGAUUCGCUAAAGAUCAAGGCGAACAUGAGCCAGAUUCGCGUGUACGGCGCAACGAAUUUCGUUAUUAGCGAUUUGAAGGCCAAUCCGAAUGAUCUGUCGGUUCGUCUCAAAGUUCAGCUGCCCCAUGUCCACGUGAACGGAGAUUACGAUGUACAAGGAAGAUUGCUGUUACUUCCAUUGAAUGGAGCUGGUAGUUUCAAAGGAAACUUCACUAGCACGGAAGCGCAAGUAACCGCUCAAGGCAAAGAAGUCACCGAUAAGAACGGAAUACAAAGGAUCGAGAUCGAUAAGCUGGUGACAAAGAUUCGCGUAGGAGACGGAAACAUCAGACUAAAAGCACCCCCUAGUCACACUGUAGCUGCUGACGCAGCGGCCACCUUUUUCAACUCGAAUCCACGCUUAGUCCUGGAUAUCGCCAGCCCGAUUAUCGAGGACACAGCCGCGACUGUUAGCAGAGCAUUGGCCGCCAGAGCAUUAGGGGCUCUCACAAAAGAGGAAUUACUUCCCUAGUCCACGUUCGCUACGUUAGGCGAUCCCAUAAGUAAUGGUAGAGUGCGUUUAACGCGUCUCCUGUCUCGUCGACUAUGAACAAUCCAAUAAUUCAUAUUCAUCGAAAUAUGAAUAUUAUUCAACUCGAAAUUAUCAAUUUCAAAUGAUACACGUUCGGCAAAUUAAAUUAUCAAUUGUAUUUAAUACACGCGAAAGGUGUUGUAAAAUGUCAAAUGCUUGGUGUCAGAUUAUGUCAAGUAGCAAGCAUUUGUAUUUUGCAAGGUAUUGUAAUUUUAUACUUGAACGCAUUUGCACAUUUUCUUUGUUAAUAAUCUUAUAAAUAUUUGAAAGCAUAUUCACUGAGCAAAGUUAUUUGUCCAGAUGUAAUUUAAAUACUAGAGUUUCUUUUUUCUAAUAAUAAUCUUUCCGAUAUUAUAAAUAUUAGCACGCAUAUACUGCAUAAUUUCUUAAGUGCUAUAAAAGUUUCUUUCUGGUUUAAUGAAUAUUUUUUCAACGUUCUGGAAUAUCACAAACAAAAUUGUCGAUUUCGAUAUGGAAAAUCAGGUCCGACAGGAAACGUAUUAAAGUGAAAAACAGAGAAUUUUUUAAAUUGUAAGUACGUACUUAGAUCGUUUUUAUACUGCAUAUUAGAUAUAGCUUGAUGUGAUUAACUAUAGCAAGUAACGAAUGGUAGUUUGUUGUCGUCAUAGCCUAGAUCGAAAAUAGCAUUUUUAAACAACCAAAAAGGAGAAAGAUAUUUUUAAUUUUGAACAUUAUACUUUAAAUAACUGAAUAUACGUUAUUUUUGUUAUUGUAAAAUCCUAAUUAAUUCGUCGUUAUUUGUUAUAAAAUACGACUACAAUGAAACAACAUAGAAUCUGUUUGUAUAUACUAUAAAUGUGUACUUUCAUAUAGAUAUCGAAUAUUAUACGCUUGUUAUUAAUUUUCAGGUGUAAUUGUUAAAGCAAAUUAUUUUGCGAUCUUUUGAUAAAAUUUUAUUAUUCAUGGGGCAAAAUGUUUCGUUACAAUUGGACAUUCCUUUGUACAUUUAAAAUUAUUCGCCUACUUUUGUACAAAUCGUUUGACAUGUUAGAACGUAAUUACACAAUUUUAUAACUUCAUUGUAAAAUCAUUUGUUGCAACUACGUAUCAUGUCGACGCAUUUUCUGUCUGGUUUCUUGUUUGUCGUUCGUUGAUCGAAAACUUUUGUAAUAAGCCUAAUAAGUGUUAUAAUAAAUCCUAAGCUGAAUAUACCUUA